AAUAAUUUAUACACAAAAUAAAAAUAAUUUAAGAAAAUAAAAAAACUCCGAGGAGAAAAUAAAAAGCUUUCACCCUUAAAAUGGCUGCUCGUGUCGAGGCGGCAGCAACACACUUGUCGUCUCUCCCAGCAGCUUCUCUGGUGUUUUCGCAGUCGCGAAUCUAAUUUUUCGAGAAAUUUAUUUAGGGGCUUUGAUGCUUUGCUUUCAUUGAAGAAGAAGAAGAAGAAGAAGACGAAGGAGUGAACACAAUGAAUAUGGGAACUCACAUCAAUUUCAACAACUUAGGAGGUGGUGGACCUCCCGGAGGGGAAGGGAGCAACCAGAUGAAGCCAAUGGGUGGUGCCUAUCCCUUGGCGAGACAGUCGUCGGUUUAUUCCCUAACAUUCGAUGAGCUUCAGAGCACACUAGGUGGACCGGGGAAAGAUUUCGGGUCGAUGAACAUGGAUGAACUCUUGAAGAGCAUAUGGACUGCUGAGGAAGCUCAGGCCAUGACCAUGGCUUCUUCGGCUGCUACAGCAGUAGCGCAACCCGGUGGUGGUGUCCCCGGAGGGAAUCUCCAGAGGCAAGGCUCGUUGACAUUGCCUAGAACGAUUAGUCAGAAGACUGUUGACGAGGUCUGGAAAUGUUUGAUCACCAAGGACGGUAGUAACGGUAACAUGGUAGGUAGCAGCGGAGGAGGCGGUGGCGAGUCGAAUGUGGCUCCUGUGAGGCAACAGACGUUAGGGGAAAUGACUCUUGAGGAGUUUCUGUUUCGAGCUGGAGUUGUUAGAGAAGAUAACUGUACUCAGCAGAUGGGUCAGGUCAACGGAAACAACAACAACAACAAUGGGUUUUAUGGUAACAACGGUGCUGCUGGGGGAUUAGGCUUUGGGUUUGGUCAGCCAAAUCAAAACAGCAUAUCAUUCAAUGGCAAUAAUAACGACUCUAUGAUGUUGAAUCAGCCACGUGGUUUAGGCGUGAAAGUUGGUGGGACAAUGCAGCAGCAGCCACAACACCAGUUGCAGCAGCCUCCGCGACAGCAUCUGAGUCAGCCACAUCCACAGCAGCAGCAGCGGCUGCCUCAAAUCAUUUUUCCCAAACAAGCAAACGUAACAUUUGCUGGUCCCGUGGGUAUGGUCAACAAGAAUUACGCUGGGGCUGCGAAUAACUCCAUCAACAACAAUAAUGGAGUGGCUAGUUUCGGAGGAUCCGGGGUCACCAUUGCAGCUACUUCUCCAGGGACAAGCAGCGCAGAGAAUAAUUCUUUGUCACCAGUUCCGUAUGUGCUUAAUCGAGGAAGAAGAAGCAAUACCGGUCUUGAGAAGGUUAUUGAGAGGAGGCAAAGGAGAAUGAUCAAAAACCGGGAAUCAGCUGCUAGAUCAAGAGCUCGUAAGCAGGCUUACACCUUGGAACUGGAAGCUGAAAUUGAAAAGCUUAAGAAAGCGAACCAAGAAUUGCAGAGAAAACAGGCUGAAUUGGUGGAAAUGCAGAAGAAUGAGCAGAAGGAAUCUUCGAAACAAGCGUGGGGCAACAAAAGGCAAGCGUUGAGAAGGACACUAACCGGUCCAUGGUAAAAUCAGAAGGAAGCAACAAGAACCAAUCAAACCAGACACCGCUUUGCAUGGGACUAAUGUAAUAGGAGAUAGUGCUACCUGUACAGGAGAUUAAGAGAAAAUUUUAUUGUUUGAAAAUCUAGGUUACAGAGUAGGAGAAGUUUUCAUUAUGGAUAAUAAUGACAUAUUUGUGCCCUCGCCUUCAUUAGUCUAGGGUUUAGAUAAUCCUCUCUUCUUGUGUUUUCUGGUUUGUUGGGGUAUCUAAAAGACAUCGUUAUUUAUACAUGUCCUGAGACCUGUUGUAUGGAUUUGAAGAUUGUCUCGUCAUAACUAGGGUUAAACCGCUACUGAGAGAUUAACAACUAAAUCAUUCUUGCCUCUGUUACAAAACAUAUAUAUAUCGUUUGGUGACUUGACUCAAAAAGAGAGACCGUUUGGUGGAGAGUGAGGAGAGCCAGUCUCGAGCAGAAAACUCCGGCUACAAUGCGACCUUGAAGUAGUACUAGAGGAAGAAGCCAAGCCACGAAUGUCACCGCUUUGGAAACCAGAGUCACCUCUCAACGACCUCCCUUUGUCUUCCUCAACCGCCAUCGCAAGCCCGAGAUGCAACGGAUCACAGCUUUCGCACAACAGCCUCAGGACUUGCUUGAUCGAUGGCCUAGCCACGCCUUCUUUCUCCGUGCACCAUCUCACAACCGCCACUACUGUCUCGAGCUGUUCUCCAUCUAUGCAGUCUUUGAUUCUCGGAUCCACCAGAUCUAUGCGUCUUGAUUCUGACACCAGUAACGGCUGAGACAUCUCUACCAGGUUCCUACCUUCAUCCACCGCUCUUCUCCCCGUUAUGAUCUCUAGCAACACCACUCCGUAGCUGUACACGUCGCUCUUCUCUGUCAGUUCGUGUGUUACAACGUACUCUGGAUCUACAUAGCCUGGAGUUCCACGGAUAUCAGUAUUAACAGGUUCGAAACAGAUGGAACCAUCUCUAGAAGCAUGUGCAAGGCCAAAAUCUGCAAGCUGCGUAGAUGCGUAAAGGAAAAUCAAUUUUCUUAUGAGUUGAAACGAAUAGCCAAGUCAAUGAGCCAGAUAUGUGAUAGAG